AUGAGUUACGCAGCGGAUACCUAUUACACCAAUAAUGGUGAGGCCGACGCCUACUAUUACGGCAACCAGGAGCAACAUCAACAACAAGAACAAGUGGAAGAUGAUGGUACCAUAAACUUUCGUCCAGCCGAUAUUACAGAUCAGCAAGACAAGAUUAUUCAACUUGUGGCCAAGUACGUUGUCUUUUCCUGCGAUGGAGCCCGUUAUCAACACAAACUUGUAAAAAAGACAAAGUUUAACUCCUACUUUGCCUUUAUUGCCUCACCUGAGCAUAAGUAUCAUGACUAUUACCAAUACCUUAUUCGAAGUUAUACACAUUGGCGUGAUGUUGCUGCGGCUAGUAGUGCUGGACAGGGAAACACAGAUGAGGGAUAUGCCUUCUACACAGAGCAACUACGUCAACAGGAACAACAACAGCAACAACAAUUACUACAGCAACAGCAACAACUUAUGCAGCAGCAACAACAAUAUCAGGGAGGUAUGUAUUACACUACUGAGAUGAACUCCUCCUCACAUUACGUUGAUACAACUGCAGCAGCGGCUACAACACCAGGAGGCUAUUAUGAUGCCAACAAUACUACUUAUCCACCUCUACAACAACAACAACAACAUCAAGGUGCAUCUGUUCUUGGUGACUCCUCUGCAGUAACAGAAACACCGGCAGAGCAAGAUAACAGCAGAAAACGUGCGAGAUCAGCAACACCGCAAGAGAGUAGUGAUGAUGAUGACGAUGAUGAUGAACAGGAGUUAGAGUUUGUCAUGGAAAAUGGUGUGGCACGAGCUGUCCCAAAGCAGAAAUAA